AGCUAAAUCCUCUGGAUGCCGAGGAAGAAGAUUACGCUUUCUUGGAUCGCCCACGACGCCACGCGACGCGUCACCUUCAAGAAGCGGAAGCAGAGUCUGUUCAAGAAGACGAGCGAGCUGGCCACCCUCUGCGGAGUCGACGUCUGCGCCGUCGUCUACAGGCCGGAGGAGGCGGAGCCGGAGGUAUGGCCUUCGCCGGCGGAGGCCAAGCGCGUGUUGGCGCGGCUUAGGGCCGCGCCGGAACCGUACCAGGGCCGCAAGAAGAUGGACCAGGCGGACUUCCUCCGCCUCCGGGUGGCCAAGUUGCAGGACCAGAUCCACCGGCAGCAGCAAGAUAACUGGGAGCUGGAGACGAACCUGCUGUUGCACGAGGUGCUGUCCACCGGCGGGCAGAGGAUGUGCAACACGAGGAUCGAGGAGGCUGCGGAGCUCGUGAGGUUGGUGGAGUUCAAGCUGGUGUUGGUGAGCAGCAGAAUUGAGAGGGAGAAGGCGCGGACGCUGGUGGAGCCGCCGUGGCCGCUGGUCGAACAGGUGGUGGGAGGGGCGGUGGCGGAGUUUGAGCCGGAAUUACUGACGGAGGAAAACUUAAGUGCAUUGCCAUGGCCGGAACUGUCGGAGGAAGACUUAGCUGAGGCUGCAUUGCCAUUGCCAUGGCCGGAACCGUCGGAGGAACCGUUGGAGGAAGGCUUAGCUGAGGCUGCAUUGCCAUUGCCAUGGCCAUGGCCGGAACCGUUGGAGGAAGACUUAGCUGAGGCUGCAUUGCCAUUGCCAUUGCCAUGGCCAUGGCCGGAACCGUUGGAGGAAGACUUAGCUGAGGCUGCAUUGCCAUUGCCAUGGCCAUGGCCGGAACCGUCGGAGGAAGACUUAGCUGAGGCUGCAUUGCCAUUGCUGGAACUGUCGGAGGAAGACUUAACUGAGGUUGAGCCAGAACUGACGAAGGAAGACUUAGCUGCAUUGCCAUGGCCAGAACUGACGGAGGAAGACUCAGCUGCGGUACCAUUGUCUUCCAUUGACCCCGAGUCGGCAUGGCUGGAGCUAGAUUACCAUCAAUGGCAGGAUGCGUUCGACCUCUUCAACAACUUCAAUUACUGA